CUCAUGGGUCUGUUCACGAUGGCGCAGGCGGUGAGUCGCAUGGGCGUCAUCGGCGUCACGAUGCUCGCCGCGCUGUCCGGGUUCGGCGCGGUGCACUUCCCGUACACGUGUUUGUCGUUCUUCGCGAGGAACGUCGGCGAGGGCGAGCUGCGGGCGAUGCAGCGAAGGCUGCUGCAGGCGACGGAGACGGUGGUGAGCAGGAAGAAGAAGAGGGCGCUCUUACUCGUCGAGCUCGAAGACGUCAGACGCGGCGGCCGGGAAGUAGGCGUCGAUAACGGUGGUGAUAACCCUAAACCCGGGAUGUUCCGACGGUUCACGAACAUCGGCGCGUCGUUCGGGGCUUCCGGCCGCGCGAAGACGAUCGAGCUGCAGCUAGACGCGCUCGACGCGGAGAUCACCGCGCUCGACCACGUCACGCGAUCGCUCUUCACGGAGACGCACGAAGUUCGAAACGCGCGCGAACGCGCCGCGGAGAGCCGCACGUCCUGGGGCGCGCUCAAAAACAUCAUGGGCUGGAUCACGUCGUUCGCGUGUCUGUGGCGCGUCCUCGUCGGGACCGCGCACUUGCUGUUCAAGUCUGGGGGCGCCGCGAGGACGGAUCCGAUCACGACGGCGUUGUCCUACGCCAUCGUGCACCGCGCGGGAAAGGGCGACGCGUGGGACGUGCGGACGCUGUCGCAGUACCUGUCGCUCGCGCUCAUAGGGUUCCUCGUGGCGUGCUCGAUGCGGAACUUCGUCUGGGGGAUGGAUCGGUUGUUUUUCGCCGUCGGCGGCGGCGGCGGGACGUCCGCGAUGCUCGUGCUGUUCGUGACGGAGAUCCAGGGGUUAUAUUUUUUAUCCUCCGUGUUGCUCAUUCGGGACAACCUUCCCGAGCGGUACCGCGCGUUGAUCACGGAAGCGCUCGGCGCGGACGUCAAGUUCGUCUUCUACCAGAGCUUCUACGAGCUCAUAUUCCUCGCCGCGGCGGCGCUGUCGAUCAUCAUCCUGUACGCGCACCGGUUACACACGAUGAGCGUGAGCAGCUCGACGGCGGGUGCGGGGCUCGGCGGCGGCGGCGGCGGCGACCUUUCGAACGCGAAGCGUCCGGGGCGCGGGUCGGCGGUGCCGCUCGCGGGGGUGCUGUGCGGCGUCGGCGUCGAAGACGAGAAGCUCGCGGCGGAUUAG